AUGAUCAGCAUCAUAUCCGAGGCCACCAUUCGGCCAUCCGUUGAAAUAAAGCCUCCGGGCUUGUCAGUCAAUUUAACUCCUCUGGACUUGGUCGUUCCAAAAGUCUACGCAGCUCUCUUACUUUUAUUUGAUGACCCGAGUGGACGCUUCUCAGACCACGGCGCUAUUUCGUCCUCUUUGGAACGCGCUCUAAGCGAAUAUCCUGCUCUGGCCGCUGAGCUUGUUGAAGAAAAAGAUGCUGUACCUCGUCUCAUUUUCAACAACAAAGGAGCAACGCUCGUAUAUGCACAGGGUUCUGAAGAGGAUUUUCAGCCAAUGGUGGAAGGUCAGUUUGCACCAGAAACCAUCCCUCCCAACCUGUUUCCUCGAGGACCGUUCCCUAAAUCUGGAGAGACAGUUUUGGCCGUUCAAAUAACAUUGUUCCCAGGAAGCAAAGUAGCUGUGGGAUUCCGCCGUCACCAUUAUGUUGCCGACUUACCGGCAUUCCUCGAUUUCAUAUAUCGGUGGAGUGAGCUGCACGGUAAAACGUCAGUGGAAGUCCAGGAAGAUUUGAUAUGCAUUCAGCAGAAGCACCUUGUCCGUGACCUUGCCAAUCUCGUUGAAAUCAUCCAGCCUGCACCCUCUUAUGUGAACCAUGAAUACCGGUUGAGUACUGGAGAAGAGGAUACGGGAAUGACUCGCAAGCCAGAGCCCAUUUACGGCAAGCAGUUUAUCCUUGAUAGCGAAGCUCUCGCAAAUCUAAAAGAGUACGCCCAUCUUGGUCUCAACGAUGGCUCUUGGGUGUCUACCAACGAUGCUGUUGCAGCACUUUUCUGGAGGGCGGUUAGCAGGGCCCGCGAGCUUGAGCAAAAUGGUAUAACCAAACUAGGUUUGGCGGUGAAUGGGCGGGAGAGGAUCAAGGCACUGGCCCCCGAGAGCAAAGGCUACUUUGGAAAUUUUAUAACUGGCCUAUGUGUAUCGCAUACUGUGGACAACCUUCUCACUCAGCCGCUGGGUACCACGGCGCUCAUGUUGCGCCAAGCGAUUCGGGCACAUUCUCCUGAGCGAAUUCGUUCCAGUGUCGAUUAUCUCCUUUCCUUGGACCCGGCAACCGAGCUUCCGCUUCUUCGUACCAGCCACACAGAGGUUUUUGGUGACGACGUCGCGGUUACUCAGUGGAGCAAGUAUCCAUUUUAUGAAGCAGAAAAGCUUCAUUUCGGUACUGGAAAUUGUCCCUUUCUUGUAUCUCCUGGUUCCACAGUCGGCGACGGAGUAAUUGUAAUUAUUCCCGCUGCCCCCGGACGUCAAGGCAUCGAAGUGAUGGUCGGACUAACAGCCCUCCCAAUGAAAAGACUUGUGAUGGAUGCGGAACUCGUAAAAUUCACCAAGAUACUUGGAUGA